AUGGCGGAGAAGACUCAAAAGAGUGUGAAGAUUGCACCUGGAGCAGUUGUAUGUGUAGAGAGUGAAAUCAGGGGUGAUGUAACUAUAGGACCCAGGACAGUGAUCCACCCUAAAGCACGAAUCAUUGCAGAAGCCGGGCCAAUAGUGAUCGGCGAAGGUAACCUGAUAGAAGAACAGGCGCUUAUCAUAAAUGCUCACCCUGAUAAUAUCACUCCUGAUGCAGAAGAUUCAGAACCAAAACCCAUGAUCAUUGGCACUAAUAAUGUAUUUGAAGUUGGCUGUUAUUCCCAAGCCAUGAAAAUGGGAGAUAAUAAUGUUAUUGAAUCAAAAGCGUAUGUAGGCAGAAACGUAAUACUGACAAGUGGCUGCAUCAUUGGGGCUUGUUGCAACCUGAACACGUUUGAAGUCAUUCCUGAGAACACAGUGAUCUAUGGUGCAGACUGCCUGCGUCGGGUGCAGACUGAGCGGCCACAGCCCCAGACACUACAGUUGGAUUUCCUGAUGAAAAUCUUGCCAAACUAUCAUCACCUAAAGAAGACUAUGAAAGGAAGUUCAACUCCAGUUAAGAACUAA